CGACUUACAUAUUUAAUAUAAUUUUGUUUAUUUAUUUACAAAUAUUUAUUUAUAUAUUGUAAAUGACUUGCACAAUUAAUAUUAUAUUUAAUUUAUUUAUUUACAAAUAUUUAUUCACAUAUAUUUAUUUAUAUAUCUUACACACGGUAAAUCGUGCCGGCUGGUCUAAAAUCGUAUAGAGGUAAUGAAAACGUGCAGUCGAGUAGCGUUGCCGCUCGAUCUAUUUUUAACUCGUGACGGUAGCCGCGCGGCCUGCGCGGGCGCAUAGACCAGUCGAAAACUACCGCUUUGCUGGACAGUUGUUUUAAUAUUUGAAUGUCGCUUUCGCUUAUUUAAUAUAUAUAUGCUCGCUAAUUAUUAUCUUUGUUUGUGUCCUAGAUCUUGUAAUGUAUAUAUCUGUGCUUGUAUAAUCUUUCUCCUUCUGUGUUUAUGUGCUUAUGUGAGUUGUGAACAUUGUGUGAACGUACUUAAACAUUUUACAACAAUUAAAGAGUUAAAGCUAGAAGACCCUUGGGCUAAACGGUGCGCGCCGCCUGGCUACGUGGAGAAUAAGGAUGAAAUGGGCAGACGCUGUGGCCUCGCUCCCCCACCGAAUAUGCAAGAAGUCCUAAAGAAAGCCUCGGAAUUUGCUAAGGAGUGUAUUAGCAAAAAACAUGUUGAUCUACGCAAAUGUCUCACACAGAAAGACGUCGCCAGGGCAUUGGACGAGCUCCGAGGGGCCACUAAGAUCGUUUUCCCUGCUGGAUUACCACCGCACGAUCCUGUUCGCAUGGAACUGGAUAACGUGGAAGACUUGUCUGGUACUCAAGCUGCGAACGAGGUGAUUGACCCGUCGAGAGCCUGUAUGUGGUAUUGUGGCAAGAAAUUUUUGAGCGGAAAUAAGUUGAGCGAUCAUUUGGGCAAAAACAAUAAGUCCAAAGUGACGGUGAAGCUCUGCUCAACGUCCGAAGGUGCUCCAGGUCGCGAGCCCAUCCUGACAGAAGAUGAGCGGAAACAACUGAUGCUCCAUGCUUACAGGAAGCAGGAAGAAUGGAAGAAACUCGAGCAAGAUGACGACGACAACUACCUGAACUCGAAGUGGGCUGAUGGGCAGAAUCUGAAGAGACAGUUCCACGGAUUAAAUGAUAUCUCUUGGAAGCCAAUUAUAAGGAAAUGAAUGUAUUUUUUAGUUUCUAGGUUUUCUUGCAUUUUGCUUUAAUACUUUUUCCGUUAUAAUUAAUUUCUGUGAAUCAUGAUACUUCAACCAAAUUUAAACCUUAACGCCAAUCAUCCUGAAUGACACACUUAUAGCAUAUUUAUCGUUUAUAUAAUAAUCAGGGCCGUAGCUAGACUCCGAAAAAAAAAUCUGUCUAAUUUUCUUGGAGCCUUUUAUUUUAAGGUAGGACAUUGCCCCUUAAUGCCCCCCCCCCCCUUCACAGCUACGACUAUGAUAAUAAUACAUUUUUAUAAUAUCCUAUUGCCUGUUAUUUGAGGCCAGUGUUUCUGUUUACCGUUUAUAUUCACAGCAAAACUCGAGUUUUGAUUACACAUAGUUCAUCCAUCUUUUCUAGGGUCGCUCUCUUCUUUUACAUAUCGUCACAGUCGUAGAAUACUGACGGAUCUGACGAACAUUACGUAUAAAGAUCCGUCAGUAUUCUACGACUGUGACGAUAUAUACGCUUUCUUAUUAAAUACCUUUAAUAUAUUACUUAUAGAUACUUCUUCCUAUCACAUGCUGUUAUAUCAUUUAAUUAGGUUUAUUAACUUUAUCAUCGUUUCUGUAUAGAGUAAGCAGAGAGACAAAGUGGCAAAGGCCUCCAUCUUUUCAUUCCUUACAGUAACUGUGUAGGAUUGUGUUAUAUUAAGAUAUCUGAUUGUAGUUCGUUUGAAUACUGAAUAUAUAUUAUUCUUUAUCUUAAUUACAUAUCUGUUUUAUUCAUUAAACUGUUAUACUAUGACAUAACAUAAGUUUGUAUUUACCAGAGGGAGACUUUGUACAAAAGUCGUUUGCUUGGGUACCUCUGUCCUAUUCGUGUUUCAACCGUGAAGCAGUUGUGUUUGCAUGGCUGUGUUUCGGUUUGAAGGGUGGAAUAUGGCGUGAAUUUACUGGGUACGGAGGACUAACAUCUGAGACCUCAGGAAUGGCAACGCAUGGGGGGUAUGGGCGAAACAGUAUACUCUGUUAUGUCCAUGUACUGCUCAUGUCUAUAGGCGACGGUUACCACUUUUUAUCAGGUGGGCCGUCAGCUUGUUUGUCAUUCUAAGUUGUAUAAAAAAAAAUAUUUGUUAAUAUCAGAUUGAUACUUCGAUAUGAAAUGAAUCUAGAAAUAAUACGAGAUUUGGAAAUAGUUGAAUGGAUUUAUGAUAGAUACUAUAUAGUUGGAAUAGUCGUUUAUAGCACUGGAAGGAGCAAAUAAGCUUAAUUUACAUGCUAAUCAAACGUCAUAAAAUUAAACAAAUUUUUAUUAUUAAUUAUUGUAAUUAUUUAUAUUUAUAAUAAGUUUACUAUUGUAAUCUUUUGGAGGAAACAAAGAGUAUCUAUCUAUCUAUUAAUCUAUCUAAUUAAAACUGUUAUUUAUUUAAAGCCUAUUACACACUAAACGAUUACUUGAAUGACAAACGUGCAUAGUAUCAGAUAAUCAUGCACGGACUUUUAGCGACUAUGUAGUUUUAGACAUAGCACAUUUAAAUAAAUACACAUAAUGUUAAUAGAGAUUUGAAACAUUGUCGACCCUGAAGAAACCUCUUUAUCCUUUUAUUGAUGAACCCCAUGUACUCCAUUAAAUCUCCCAUGUAUAGUCACCAUUUAAAUUAAAGCUUCUUUCUAUCACAUCUUUAUAUUCUAGAAAUAAUAGGAUUUCAUCGUGCCUCCGAUCAAACUGUUUAUAAUUACUCCUCUCCAUCCAAAGGUUGGCUGGAAGAGAUCGAUCUUUUAGCGAUAAGGUUGCCCAUUGUUUUUUC